UUUCUAGAGGAGGCGUUGGUUUAGAGGAGGCGUUGGUCAUAGACUAUGCAGAACAGUUGGGUAGGGCGUCAUAGUAGCCGUUACCGACCAAUGUCCACUUUUGACUUGACGAAGCCGGUCGAUAGCUCUGAAAGUGAAGAUGAAGACUACGUUCCAUCGGCCGAGGAGAGUGAUGGCGAUGAGUCUGAUGCUGAAAACGACGCUGGGAGUGACGCCGAGGUACCAGCUGGAAAGAAGCCUAAGAGGACAAAGAAAAAACAGUUGUCGAGGAAACGUAAGGGUGGAAUAUAUUUGGAGGGUGAAGUUAGUCCAGCACACGGAAGUCCUGAUAAAGCAGACGAUGCCGAGGAGCUAGUUCCUGCACUCAACCCGGACGAGGAAAAGAAGCGAGCAGAUGAUCUGUGGUCUGAUUUCUUGCGUGAUGUUGAACCUAUUCCUAGGAAACGCACUGUUCCUGCUGCAAGUGCUGUCUCUAAGGAGCCGAGCAAACCAUCUUCUUCUACCACAAGUCCGCAAGAAGCACCAGAAAAGAAAGUGAAGAUUACUCAGCUUCUGGAAUUCGCUGGAGAGACCAUCAAGUGA